AUGGAACGCAACGAAUCAGACAAGGCUGUGCAGGAAGAUGAAGAGCGCGUACCCUUCGACGUAGUGCCCAAUCCAGAUACACGAGUCGACCAAGGGACAAACGAAAAGGCAGUGCGACAUUCAAGAGAAAGCGAUACAGAUGAGCAGGUCAGAUCAGGGUCCAAGGAUGAAGAGAGUGGAAUCACAGCCGUGGGUGACGAUGGCGUCAAUGAGAAAGAAUUCGAAGUCUCCUGGGACGGCGACGACGACCCCAUGAACCCUAGAAGCAUGGCCUACGCCCGGAAGUGGAUCAUUGUCAUAAUCGUUUCUGCAAGCUCCCUAUGCGUCACUUGCACCUCUGCGCUUUACACAUCAACCUACGCGCAAUUGGAACCAGAAUUUGGCUGCUCAAGAAUUGUUGCUACACUGGGACUGUCUUUGUUUGUCGUGGGAUUGGGUCUCGGACCUAUGGUCAUGUCACCACUUUCAGAAUUCUACGGGAGAAGACCCAUAUACAUCGCCUCUUACACUUUCUUCUUGAUCUGGCUGAUUCCAUGUGCCGUGGCACAAAACAUACAAACAAUGUUGGUGGCACGCUUCUUUGACGGACUGGCUGGUAGUGCCUUUCUUAGGUAUGGUCGAAUUUUCUACCCUUGGAGGUUUUCCCAAAGCAGAACUAAUCCGCGGUGA